AUGAAGAUCUGGACUUCUGAACAUACUUUCAAUCACCCUUGGGAAGCCAUUGCACAGGCUACUUGGAAGAAGUACCCUAACCCUAUGAAUGCCGCUAUUCUAGGAACUGAUGUACUCGAAAGGAGAGUUGUGGAUGGGAUACUUCACACUCAUCGCCUAGUCAGCUCGAUUUGGGGCCUGCCAAGGUGGUUGCAGAAUGUAAUAGGACCUGCCAAUACUUUCUACGCCAGUGAACACUCUACGGUUAACCCAGAGACCAAGAAUAUGACUUUGAAGACGAGGAAUGUAACUUUUCGUAAGUAUAUCUCCGUGGAUGAGUUCGUAUGCUAUGAGCCUCAUCCAGAAAGCUAUGAUAAAACAGUAAUGAGGCAGGAAGCUGUAAUAUCCGUCGAAGGAGUGCCUUUCAGUGAUUAUGUGGAAGAUCUCAUUUGUGACACUAUAAUGGUAAAUGCAAACAAGGGUCGCCAAGCUAUUGAAUGGGUCAUUGGAAAUAUCAAAUCUGAGAUAAGAGAAUUCAAAGAACUCCCUCAAAAUAAAUCAGAAGAGCUUUAA